GACCGGCAGCGGCGGCGAGCGGCGCGGGCUGGGGAGAGGGAAAGAAGAUGAAGAAACUGAGGCCCAGAGAGGUGAAGUGACUGCCAAGGUCCCACAGCAAGUUAGUAGCUGAGCUGGGACUGGAAUCAGAGUUUUCUGAUUCCUGUUCAGGGGAUAAUCAUGGGCCAGACUGGAAAGAAAUCCAAGAAGGGACCAGUUUGUUGGCGGAAGCGUGUAAAAUCUGAAUACAUGAGACUGAGGCAGCUCAAGAGGUUCAGACGAGCUGAUGAAGUGAAGAGUAUGUUUAAUUCUAAUCGGCAGAAGAUUCUAGAAAGGACAGAAAUUUUAAACCAAGAAUGGAAACAGCGAAGGAUACAGCCUGUACACAUCAUGACUUCUGUGAGCUCAUUGCGUGGGACCAGGGAGUGUUCUGUGACCAGUGAUUUGGAUUUUCCAAAACAAGUCAUCCCAUUAAAGACUCUGAACGCUGUUGCUUCAGUACCUAUAAUGUAUUCUUGGUCUCCUCUACAGCAGAAUUUUAUGGUGGAAGAUGAAACAGUUUUACAUAACAUUCCUUAUAUGGGGGAUGAGGUUCUUGAUCAGGAUGGAACUUUCAUUGAAGAAUUAAUAAAAAAUUAUGAUGGAAAAGUACAUGGAGAUAGAGAAUGCGGGUUUAUAAAUGAUGAGAUUUUUGUGGAGUUGGUGAAUGCUCUUGGUCAGUACAGUGAUGAUGAAGAUGAUGACGAUGGGGAUUAUCCUGAUGAGAGAGAUGAGAAACAAAAAGAUAUAGAAGAUAACAGAGAUGAUAAAGAAAGCCACCCACCUCGGAAAUUUCCUUCUGACAAGAUUUUUGAAGCCAUUUCCUCAAUGUUUCCUGAUAAGGGAACAGCAGAAGAACUAAAGGAGAAGUAUAAAGAACUAACAGAGCAGCAACUUCCAGGAGCCCUCCCUCCUGAAUGCACACCAAACAUAGAUGGACCAAAUGCUAAGUCUGUUCAGAGGGAGCAAAGCCUGCACUCAUUUCAUACACUCUUCUGCAGGCGCUGCUUUAAAUAUGACUGUUUCUUACAUCCAUUCCAUGCUACACCCAACACUUAUAAGCAGAAGAACACAGAAACAGCACUAGAUAACAAACCUUGUGGACCACACUGUUACCAGCAUUUGGAAGGGGCAAAGGAGUUUGCAGCUGCUCUCACUGCUGAACGGAUUAAGACACCGCCAAAGCGUCCAGGAGGUCGCCGAAGGGGAAGGCUUCCAAAUAAUAGCAGUAGACCAAGCACACCAACUAUUAAUGUGCUGGAAUCAAAGGAUACAGACAGUGAUAGGGAAGCUGGAACUGAAACAGGUGGAGAGAAUAAUGAUAAAGAGGAAGAAGAAAAGAAAGAUGAAACUUCCAGCUCUUCUGAGGCAAACUCCAGGUGUCAAACACCAAUAAAAAUGAAGCCAAAUAUUGAACCUCCUGAGAACGUGGAAUGGAGUGGUGCUGAAGCUUCAAUGUUCAGAGUUCUUAUUGGCACUUACUAUGAUAAUUUUUGUGCCAUUGCUAGGUUGAUUGGGACCAAAACAUGUAGACAGGUCUAUGAGUUUAGAGUAAAGGAAUCUAGUAUUAUAGCUCCAGUUCCUGCUGAGGAUGUGGAUACGCCUCCAAGGAAGAAAAAAAGGAAACACCGGUUGUGGGCUGCACACUGCAGAAAGAUACAACUGAAAAAGGGCCAAAACCGAUUCCCUGGGUGCCGCUGUAAAGCACAGUGCAACACUAAGCAGUGCCCAUGCUAUCUGGCUGUCCGAGAGUGAGAUCCAGACCUCUGUCUCACUUGUGGGGCCGCUGAUCACUGGGAUAGUAAAAACGUGUCCUGCAAGAACUGCAGCAUUCAGAGAGGAUCCAAAAAGCAUUUACUGCUGGCACCAUCUGAUGUGGCAGGUUGGGGAAUUUUCAUCAAAGAUCCUGUGCAAAAGAAUGAAUUCAUCUCUGAAUACUGUGGUGAGAUUAUUUCUCAGGAUGAGGCAGACAGAAGAGGAAAAGUUUAUGAUAAGUACAUGUGCAGCUUUCUCUUCAACUUGAAUAAUGAUUUUGUGGUGGAUGCAACCCGCAAGGGUAACAAAAUUCGUUUUGCAAAUCAUUCAGUAAAUCCCAACUGCUAUGCAAAAGUUAUGAUGGUUAACGGUGAUCACAGGAUAGGUAUUUUUGCUAAGAGAGCCAUCCAGACUGGUGAAGAGCUGUUUUUUGACUACAGAUAUAGCCAGGCUGAUGCCCUGAAGUAUGUGGGCAUUGAACGGGAAAUGGAAAUCCCUUGAUAUCAUCAGCUACCUCCUCUUUAAAACAGCUGCCUUAUUUUCAGGAAUUUCUAGUACUGUGGGCAAUUUUAGAAAAAUAAAAUGCAAUUUGAAAUUCUGAAU